UUAUACUGUAAAGGUUUCAAUCGUUGUAAGAUUCAAUCUGGGAGUAAAUUACAUCUUAAAGAAUUCAAACUUUGGUAUUGUACUAGUACUGGGGCUUCCAUAGAAGAAAUUAUUAGUUAUCUUUGUAAUGAAUCAUUAUUAAAGCUAGCUUUGAGUUAUAUCACUCCAAAAGCUGCUGAAACAGUAAAAGAAUCUUGCCCAAAUAUUAGUUCUUUAUGCAUACAAAUAUGUUCUGAUUCAGUAAUUCCAUUUAUCUGUGAAUUACGUUCAUUAAAAGUUCUAAACAUUGGACCUGAUUAUGGAAUUGAUAUGAGUUCAUUGGUUAAAAGCUUAGGCAAUCAUUUAACAUCUGUUGAAUAUUUAUUUUUUGAUUUUAAUGUUGAUUUACUAAGUUUUAUUUAUUUUACUAAUUACUGUAAGGCUAAUUUAAAAAAAUGGAUUAUUACCCUAGAUAAUAAUUCUUUAUGCAAGGAAUAUUUGAUUUAUGUAUAUAAUUUUCAAAAGGUUCAUAAUUCUUUAAAAGAAUUUGGAAUUAAUAAGUAUAGAUAUAAUUGGA